AUAAGUUUAUAACCGGACACUUGAAGAUGUUUUUUAUCUCGAUCUCAAGAUCAUAAGCUUUAAUUAGUUUUUAUUUUCUUUUAAAACAUCUUUAAGUAUGUAGACAAAUGCGAGGAAGUUUUAUAGUUCUGUCGAAGCUUUUAACAGCACCCGCAGAGAGUUCAUGGUGAAGCUCUGUUUUGGUCAAGCUACACUCCAUGAGCUUUUUACGCUUUUCCAACUCCCAAGGUGAAGAACUAAAUGAUCGGUAAGACACGAGACACUUUUCUUCUCCCCACACACACGCUUUGGGAAAAGUAGUACAGAAAAACUGUGAGAGAGUGAGGGAAAAAGCUGCACUUGACUCUCAAACCAAGUGGUGUUCAGAACGUCACACAAUCAUUACAGCCGAUCUCGCGCCGACAGAAAAUUUCCAUAAUCUCGCUAGAACUUGGAGUUUUCUCCGUAUCUCAGUUUGCAUACGAUCUCUGAGGUGUUUUCACUCUUAAAAUGAAUAUUUUCCUGCGAUUCUGCAUCCUGUGGAUGAAGUUCACGGGAAUCCUCGUCUACCCUUUCCUCGUGAUUUAUGGAGCAAUUUUCACUCCAAAAAAAUCUCUACCAUCAUUUGCAAAUAGUGAUCUUCUCACAAUUCCUGUGACUGAUCUUGCGGGGAAAAUUCGACGUGGCGAAGUGAAAUCCGAAGCAGUGGUUAAAGCCUACAUCAAUCGACUUGAGGCCGUUAAUCCCCUAAUCAAUGCAAUUGUGGAAAAUGGAUUUGAUCGUGCCGUGGAAAUGGCCAAGAUCGCGGACAAGAGAUGUUCAGAAAUGGAUGAAGCAGUCUUAGCUGAGAAGUACCCACUCCUGGGAGUUCCAGUAACCAUCAAAGAAUGCCUCAAAGCAGCUGGUUUUCCUCUGACAAUGGGAAAUUUUUGGAGGAAAGAUUUUCGAUCUGAAGAGAACAGUGAAGCAGUUCAGGUGAUCCUCAAUGCAGGAGCAAUCCCACUCUUGGUUUCGAAUGCUCCUGAAUUUUGCUACAGUUGGGAAACUAAUAAUUUCAUAACUGGACGCACGCUGAAUCCUUACGAUCAGCGAAGGACUCCUGGGGGAUCUUCAGGCGGAGAAGGAGCUCUUUUAGGAGCAGGAGCCUCACUAUUUGGUAUUGCAGCCGACACAGCUGGCUCCAUACGCUGCCCAGCCAUGUACAACGGAGUAUUCGGACACAAACCAACACCAGGAGUGAUCCCUCUCGAAGGAACACUUCCAGAUUUAAGCAAAACCAGUGGGAAUGAAUAUACAUCAGUCGGCCCUAUGUGCCGAUAUGCAAAGGAUCUUCCGCUGCUGAUGAAAAUCAUGGCAGGAUCGAAAGCUAUUCACCUGAAGUUAGACGAUCCGGUGCCUAUUGAACAGAUAAAGAUAUUCUACAAGAAGGCCGUGGGGAGCUCAUUCUUCACAAUACCUCCCACGAGGGACUUUAGUCGAACUUUUGAUGAAGUAAUCCAACAUUUUAGUGAUUUUGGGAUGAAACCAAUGCCUCUCGAUGUGGACAUGAGUGAUGCUCCUGAGUAUGUAAUAGCCGGGAGUGCCGGUCUCAGGGAUAUUCCCAACUUAAUGGAAGAUCCCACGGGAAUCCAGAAAACUCCCUACUUAAUCUGGGAGAUGCUUAAAGCACCUUUUGGUUGUUCGAGGUUUACAUUUGCCUCAAUGUACUUGAUGUUUCUCGUAAGAAUGGCCACGAGCUUCAUCUUUAGGCGCAACAAUCCGAAAUAUUUGAAGAAAUUCGAACAACUAAGAACUGAUUUGGUCAGCAAGUUAAGCACCAAUGGAGUCUUCAUCUUUCCCGUCACACCGAAACCCGCAUUGAGGCAUCAUGAGUACUACACCAUGUGGUAUGGAAUGUCCUACACAUUCCUCAUAAAUAUGCUAGGGUUCCCAGCAACGAGCAUCCCUAUUGCCUUUACAGCUGAUGGACUUCCGGUUGGGAUUCAGGUGGUAGCAGGACCGUACCAAGAUCGCCUCUGCUUCUCUGUUGCGCAUCAUUUAGAGCGAGCUUUUGGUGGAUGGAAACCACCGAAGUGAUCAAAGUGUGUAAAUUAGAGUGAAGGUGAAAGUGAUCAAUGAUCAGCAAAGUGAUCAAGUAUGCUGCAAAGUCUCUUGCUUGUUGUACAAAGAUGUGUAGAAAUGAUUAUGUAAAUGAGAAUAAAGCGUUGUGGACAAGGUCA